AUGGAAUAUAUCAACGCGCUUCAGUCGCCGGUUGACGACCUCAAGCCAUCACUCUUCGAACUCCUCGCCGAACAACAGCUCUCAUCCUUACUUCCGCCUACCCUCCGAUAUCUUCUUGCAGUCGCUACUCAUCGGUACCCUCGGUACUUGCUGCGAGUCUUAAACAAUUACGAUGAAGUAUAUGCUCUCCUCGGGGUUCUCGUGGAGAAAUACUAUCUCCGGGCGUUCGGCGGCAGCUUCACCGAGAACUUCUAUGCCUUGAAACGAGAAAAGGUGUUGCGCGUCGAUGGAGGCGAGAUCAAGAGAACCCAGCUGGCCGUGCCAGAUGAGGUCCGCGAAAGACUCAAGCUGGACAACACAGACAUUUGGAAGAAUUUACUAGUGAUGGUCGGAAUCCCAUAUCUGAAGCGGAAGCUGGACGAGAGUUAUGACAUUCACAUCGCCCCCAGCGCCAGUCUACUCAUGAGUGGCAGCCUUGGGGGACCUCGGUAUCUAGACCGCGAUGCGAUGCCGCCGAAUCCGACAGUCAAGCAAAGAAUCCUGUGGUACUACAAGUGGUUUCUGCGGCAUGUUUACCCCAGCGUGAAUGCGGCUUAUUGCUUUAGCAUCCUGGCUUUCAGUUUGGGCUACCUGUUUGAUAAUACGAAAUAUCCCAGUCCGUUUCUAUGGAUGAUUGGGACCAGGAUGAGACGAAUGGGAGGAGCAGAUUUCCGAGCGAUAGAUGCUGCCUCUGCGGCAGCCGAGAAGGCAGUCACGGCAGCAGGCAGACCUGGACAGGGUCUCAGUGGCAUUCUCAAUCCUAGAACCAUAUAUCCACGGCUUCUAUCCAGCUUGAAGAUACUGCUACCGACCAGCAUCUUUGCAUUGAAGUUCCUGGAGUGGUGGCACGCCAGUGACUUUUCUCGACAGUUAACGAGGAAGGCAGCAGAAGGUCUGGAACUGCCGCCACCCAUUGUGUCCGGGAUGGAUCUGUCGAAAAACCUGGUGGCAGAUAAGGACGCGCGAAGCACUAGUGUGAACAGUAGCGCAAAACGUACUCCGCCGAUAUCGAGCAUCACUUAUCUUCCGAUCUUCACUAUACCUCCACCACCGUCUAGCGAUCUGUGUCCUAUCUGCCUGCACCCGAUAUCUACCGCUGCCGCUUGCCAGACUGGGUAUGUGUACGAUUACAGAUGCAUUUUCCAGUGGAUCGAGGGCACACAUGAUAGGCAGGAGGCCUUCAUGAAAGGGGAACGGACUAGCGAGUGGGAAGAAGACGACGAGAAUAAUCUAGAUGAAAAGCCCCAUGAUCACAAGCCCAAGGACGACAAAAGCCGUGAAGGAAGGUGGGAGAGCGGCAAGGGUCGCUGCGCGGUGACAGGUAGAAGAGUGUUGGGAGGGACCAGUGGCCUCCGGAGGGUCAUGGUUUAG